AUGAUCAUAGCUACCGUCAAGGACAGCGUGCGCAGCAGCUGGGGCAUGUUCAAUGCCGUCGAGCGUCGUAACAUCUUCCUAUACAUUCUAGGUAUCACAUUCUACAAGUUCGGCCUCGAAGCCUUCAAUGGCUCCAUCCUCGCCCUCGCGACAAAUCGGUACGACUACGAUGCCGCCAUGAGACACGUACCGGCCAAGACGUUCGAGCGAGUCGGUCUGCUCAGCGGCCUCAACCAGGCCUGCCAGUGUGUCGGUUCGAUCAUCAUCGCGCCCUUGGUUCGUCGUGCUCCCGCCAGACUUGUUCUGGUUAUUUCGGUCGUGCUGUUUGGCCUUUUCACCGCUAUCCUCAUGGUGGUGGACGCUGCCACAGGCGGGACUAUCAUGCCACCCGAGUUCCGCGGCGACCACCCGGCCCUGGACUUUCACUACUACGGAGACUACAACACGGACGGUAUUAUACCCAUCUACUGUGUCACCGGCAUCGUUUAUGGGAUGGUCGAGUUGAUCCGUCGUAUCAUUCCUCGUGAUAUCGUGGGCGGAAACAUCCAAAAGCUUCGACGUCUCGACGCCAUGGUCCACGUCUUCUACGAGAUUUCCGGUACCGCCAGCGCUUUCUGCACCGCUCUCGCCCUCAUCCCGAACCUGGGGAACAACUACUCCUUCAUCAUCACUCCCGUAUUCUUCGCCAUGGCCGGUAUAACCUGGUUCUUCAUCAGUGAGGCAGACACUUACCAGCCUCCACCACCUCCACUCUUGGGCAAACGCCCAACAUAUAUCAAGGCCGUCUUCGUGUCCUUCUAUCUCUUCGGCGAAUCCAUCUGGACCGGAUCCAAACUGCUACUUACUAACCGCCGCUUCAUCUGGCUUAUCCCCGGUUACUCUAUCGCUUUCUACGGUCAUCGCUACCUCGAAAAUGGCCUCGCUCCCGCCAUCGCCCGCCGAUAUCUAGGCCACUCUGCCUGGGCUAACAUCAUCGUUGGUGGCUCUAACCUGGGUGAACUGUUAGGUGCUCUCUUCGUCUUCCUCUUCACCAACCUCGUCACCACCCCCAUUCCUUGGGUCCGACUCGACGCCAUCAUGCUUAGUGGAGUCUGGUAUCUCUCUUUCUGGACACCACCAAAAGACCAAGUGAUCUAUGCCUGGAUCAUCGCGGCGACCUUCCUCCCUAUUUCCUUCGGCUGGGCUGCCGGUGACGUCUCCCUCGCAGCCUACAUCCAAGCCACUCUCGCUCGUCACGAAUCCAAGGCCCAAAACGUCUCAGCCCUCGGUGCUGUUAUGGCCUGUCUUUACACCACUUAUAUCGUCACCUACGCCAUCACCUCGCCGUUGCUCGGCCAAUACAUCGACUCCGUUUACAUCCAAACUGGAGGCCGUGAUGGAGGCAACAUCCACUCUGCGAUCCACAAUGUCGCAGGUGUACAGUACAGCGUCAUGGCUGUCAUCAUCUUUGCCAGUACCUUCAUCCCACAAGGAGCAUGGCGCAUCAACCCUAAGAUGCUAUUCAACCAGAACCUCGAUGCGGAUCUGGAGGUUACCGAAAUCGGGGAUGGCAUUAACCUCAAGAAGAAGAGCCAUGAGCGGGAGAAUUCGCUCAGCACAAAUCCAAGAGAUAGAGAAUCGUGGUAA